AUGAAUCAUGCCGGCAUCUAUUCCACGCUGACGGAGCUACGAAGACAAUAUUUCAUCCCUAGCGUGUUUUCCGUAGCCAAAAAGAUACUACGAAAAUGCGUCACGUGUCGUAGAUCCAAUGAGCGAAGCAUAAAGCUUAAUCAGUCUUCAUACAGAGACUUUAGAGUCGAUCCUCCGGCUGUGCCUUUCCGCCAUUGCUUUAUCGACCACAUCGGUCCGUUCUAUGUGCGCUCGGCAGGGACUAAAGUCAAAGUAUGGAUACUGUGCAUAACGUGUCUCUGGAGCCGCGCCAUCAAUCUAAAAUUAUCGCUUGACCUAUCCGUUAAAGAGUUCCUGAGGGCGUUCCAGAAGCACGUGUUUGAGUUUGGCCUGCCUCAUCUAGUGCUAUCAGAUUCCGGGUCGCAGCUAAUCGCAGGGUCUAAAAUAAUUUCGAAGGUCCUUCAGGACCCUGAAGUAGAAGCCUACUGCGAAGCCAGCGACAUUAAAAUUACAUCUUUCCAACAGUAUCCGAGAGGUUGCAGCGCUCUGGGCUCGCUGGUAGAGUCUUGCGUCAAGUUAAUAAAACGUCUCCUAUUCGGUUCCAUCGGUAACAACGUGCUUGACUUGCCAGACUUCGAUCUGGCUGUAGCACAAAUUACAUGUCUGGUCAAUAAAAGGCCAGUAGCAUUUAAAGAGACACUCAGAGACUCGAGCAUUAGCUUGCCCAGUCCCAUUACACCAGAAGCACUUCUGAGGGGAUACGUGCUGCAUUCUCCCUUAGUUUUACCGCACGUCAGCGAGGCCCCCGACGAUCCAGAGUGGGUCCCGUCAAUGGAGGCAGCCGACCUAGUGCGCGAGAACUUUGCCAAACUGAAUGCCGUGAGACGAAAACUCGUUGAUAAAUAUAACUCGCAAUUUAUCCCCAGCCUUAUUACGCAAGCCACGUCAAAAAAGGACGGAUUCCGCCCUGUGAAACACAAGGUCCUCGGAGUAAAUGACUUGGUCCUGCUUAAAGAACCCAACCAAAAACGUUACAACUACGCGAUGGGGCGAGUCACCGAAGUUACCCUCAAUCAUCUGGGCGAGGUCACGGAGGUUAGUGUACUCAAAGGUAACGGCGGCACCGUGCGCCGACACGUAACCUCUCUAAUCCCGUUGCUUACCGCGUCGCCCACCACAGAGACUCGCUCCCCGGUGCCUCCAAACCAACCUAUAGUGAUGGAAACCGAGGCAAAUAGACCGCGCCGGCUUGCAGCGCAGCGAGGCCGCGGAAAAAUUAAGGAUCUAAUCGAACGAAAUUUAAUCUAA